AAUCAUAGUUCAAUUUUUUUUAUGGGCGUAAACAGUCGUCAACAUGGCGCUGCCCAGGGUUUUCACCGGAGCUCCGUCUGUGAGUUCAUGUCUGGGUCAAAUGUCUGGAGUCGCACUAGGGAGAAAAUGAGACUUUUCCCGGAACUUUUUGCACAGUGUGCGAACGAGGCAGCAGUGUAUGGAAAGUGUGUAGCUGCUACCACAACAGGCACACAGGAGCUGAGGAAGGAUCUGUGUGCCAAAGAGUUUGAAGCACUGAAGAUCUGCUUUACCAAUGCAGCCAAAAAAAGAGCCAGAUGAAUGGAAAUCAUCCAGGCUUAUCUGGACCAAUCUCAAGAAGACCAAGUUGACUGACUUUUGAUGCUAAGAAGUUUUUCACGUUGGUGUGGUUGAGAUAAGCCAUUAAGAACUGCCGUAGUCUUUAACGUGAAAACCUGUGCGUGUCUGUGUGUAAAUAAAUAAAACCCUGACUUUGA